GCCAAUAGCAACGCUGAUUGUGUUCGUUUGCGGAAGUUGAGUGAAGCAUGUCGUCUUUGAAACGAUAGACAGAAAUCAUAUUUUGUGAAGUUUAAUAAUGUCAGUGGACACCAAACACCACAUAUACCGUGUCCCGCUUUAUUAACAGUCAGUCUGUCCGUCGUCUGUUCGGCUCUUCACACUGAUAGCUGCUGCUAAAGCCAGUCAGAGUUGGCAGGUAUGUCCAAAUCAACAAGAUGGGACUCCAAAGAAAACGAGUCCAAACAGCUGCCCAUCUAUCGGCACAAAGCAAAGCUGAUCCAGGCCGUCAAAGACAGCACUUUUCUGGUUAUCACCGGUGAGACUGGCAGCGGGAAAACCACACAGCUCCCACAGUAUCUGCAUGAAGCAGGUAUUUGUAAAAAUGGCAAAAUCGGCAUCACCCAGCCCCGCCGGGUGGCUGCCAUCACAGUGGCCCAGAGGGUCGCCCAGGAGAUGCAGUGCACCCUGGGGAGAGAGGUUGGCUACCAAGUACGCUUUGAUGACUGCACAUCACAGGACACGGCGGUGAAGUACAUGACGGAUGGAUGCUUGCUCAGAGAGGUCCUGGCAGAUCCUGUCCUCUCUCAGUACAGUGUCGUAAUCUUGGAUGAAGUCCACGAACGCAGCCUCAGCACGGAUAUCCUCCUGGGUUUAUUGAAGAAAGUCUUCAUGGACCCUGCCAAUGCCACCAAAGGUCGAUCUUUCCCGUUGAAAGUCGUGGUGAUGUCGGCCACCUUGGAAGCUGACAAACUCUCAGCCUUUCUCAGCAACUGCCCCGUCUUUGCUAUUCCUGGGAGGACUUUUCCUGUCACCUGCACGUUUGGUACCGCUGUAGGACCUAAAGACACAGAGAGCACUGGUUAUGUAAAGGAGGUCGUCAAAAUGGCCCUUGAUGUGCACACCAGUGAAAUGGCUGGGGAUAUCCUCGUGUUUUUGACAGGUCAGUCAGAGAUUGAGCGUGCCUGUGACUUGCUGUAUGAGAAAGCUGAGACUAUAGACUACCGCUAUGAUGUACAGGACCAAACAGUGGAGGGCCUUCUUAUUUUGCCCCUUUAUGGAUCCAUGCCUACUGAUCAACAGAGGCAGAUCUUUCAGCCUCCACCCUCAGGAAUAAGAAAGUGUGUAGUGGCCACAAACAUUGCAGCGACAUCUCUCACCAUCAAUGGCAUAAAGUACAUCAUUGACAGCGGCUUUGUGAAGCAACUCAACCACAACUCAAGGGUGGGCAUGGAUAUCUUGGAGGUUGUGCCUAUUUCAAAGAGCGAGGCUCAGCAGAGAGCGGGCAGAGCUGGAAGAACCUCGGCUGGGAAAUGCUUUCGAAUCUACACCAAAGAAUUCUGGGAGAAGAGCAUGCCCGAAUAUACCAUUCCAGAAAUCCAGAGGACGAGUCUGACCGCAGUGGUACUCACACUCAAGUGCUUGGGCGUUCAUGAUGUCAUUAGGUUCCCUUAUCUGGACUGUCCAGAGGAAAGGUUUAUCCUUGACGCAUUAAAACAGCUCUACCAAUUUGAUGCCAUCGACAGGAGAGGUAAAGUGACCCGGCUGGGGGAGCUGAUGGUGGAAUUCCCCCUGCACCCAGGCCUUACCAGAGCCUUGCUCAAAGCCGCCUCGCUUGGAUGUGAGGACCUGCUUCUCCCCGUGGCCGCCAUGCUGUCUGUAGAAAAUAUUUUCAUCAGGCCAGGUCACCCAGAGAAACAGAAAGAGGCAGAUAAAAAGCACCGAGCGUUGGCUGCCAAGAGUGGCGGCACGAAUGACUUUGCCACACUCCUCAGUGUGUUUCAGUUGUGUAAAUCCAGUGACAGACCCUCAGCGUGGUGUAAAGAUCAUUGGAUCCACUGGAGGGCGCUGAAAUCUGCCUUUAGUGUGGAAAUUCAGCUGAAAGACAUCCUCCACCGCCUCCAACAGAAGAGAGAUUUUCCAGUAGAAAAAUUCGAUGGAAAUAAGAGCGAACUCUUCAGACGAUGCCUGUGCACAGGAUACUUCACCAACGUUGCCAGAAGGUCUGUUGGAAAGGUGUUUUGCACAAUGGAUGGCAACGGAUCCAUGGUUCACAUUCAUCCAUCAUCGUCGCUGUUUGACGAUGAGGUUGAGCUGAACUGGAUCAUCUUCCACGAUGUGUUGGUGACCUCCCGGGUUUAUAUCAGGACAGUGUGUCCUAUUCGAUAUGAUUGGGUGAAGGACUUAUUACCUAAACUCCAUGAGGUGGAUGCCUAUGAACUGAGCAGUGUGGCAAGACAAGAAGUGACUGAUGAAGAGAUGAUAAAAUGGGAGACCAGGGAAGCAGCCAAAAGACAACCAGAGGUUUCUACUGAGGAUAUCAUGAAGAAGCUGGAGAAGCGAAACGACGAAACCGCCGUCAGUGACGCCCGUGCUCGCUACCUGCAACGAAAGCAACAGAGACAACAAAGUAAAGCUCUCUGACAGAAAGCUUUUUUUUUUUGAGGAAACGAUUCUUUCAGUGUACUACAAAGAAGUAUUUUUGGAAACUGUCUUUGAAUAAUAAACAUUUUAUUACAUUUUA